CACUUCGAGGCUGCCACGAGUACAAUUCUGCAACUCUCUGAGACUGCAGUUCUAUUUAGAACAAGCCACGCACUUCUCGCGUACUUGACUAUCAGCCCUACAUGUUAGAGUCUAGAUUACAGUUGUAACUUUUAAGUACCCACUGAAGUGUAUCGAUACGUCAGCUCUGAAGAUGAAUACAAUAAUAUCUAUAUGUUUAGUUAUAUGUGUUUCGAUAACUUUUGGAGAUGACCGAGUGCAGGUCACUGACAGAGUUUCUUUUAAUGUCUCCACUGGAGGAGAGUACAUAGGAACUAUUGUAAUUGGUGUUUUUGGAAAUCUCGUUCCUAAGACUGCUAGGAACUUUGUGGAGCUUGCAGGUCAUACCAAUGGUUAUGGUUAUGAAGGAAGCAAAUUUCACCGUGUUAUUGCUGAUUUUAUGAUUCAAGGUGGAGACUAUGACAAAAAAGAUGGCUCUGGGUUCAAGAGUAUUUGGGGUGGUUAUUUUGAUGAUGAAAACUUCACACUUAAACAUAACAAUGCUGGCUGGGUCAGCAUGGCUAAUGCUGGAAAAAAUACAAAUGGUUGUCAGUUUUUCAUCACAAUGAAGUCCACACCAUGGCUGGAUGGCCAUCACACAAUCUUUGGUAAAGUGUUGGAAGGUCAAGAUGUGGUGAAAAAAAUUGGAGAAGUUAAGACUGAUUCAUCUGAUAGCCCAGUUGAUGAUGUCAUCAUUUCCAAGUCUACUGUAGAAUCAGUCAGGGAUGAAUACAUUUUUGUUGAUACUAAUCAAGACAUUGAAAAUUAUUAGUGAUGAGCUGAAUAUGUGAAAAAAAAAACAACAAAGAAAAACAUUAUAUAUGGUACUAUGGUAACAUCUUUUUAUACAGUAUUUACUAAAUCUUUAUACAAACUGUAUUUAAAAAAAGAUAUUUAUAACUAAUAAAUUGCUUUUUAAAAAUAGAAUUUUUAUACUACAUUUCCUUUGAAAACAUAGUAUGGUAGUUAGGCAUUUGUUUUUAGAUUUGUAGCAGGUGUAAUUAUUAUUAUUAAUAGGUUAAACAAAAUAAUAAAUUGCUUACUAUAAACAACAAAGGUGAGAACUGUUUUAAAUACAUUAUUUUUCUUUAGUAAAUAAAAAUGUUUUUUGAAUUUUAUAAUCACACAGACCAUAUGUAAUAAAAACUACAUGGCCAAUAGUCAAUGUAAUAUCUAGAUUGGUUUAAAAAAUAAUUUCGUUAUGCAAAAUUCUUAACAAUUUCUGUAACUGUUUGUACGUUAUGAUUCUGUCUUAAGUUUGUCAUUAUUAUGUCUCAUAUCGUGCCUUGUAAGUCCAUAUCAUUUUAUACUGUAGGACUGUACCUUGACUUAACAAAAUAUAUACAAAAUAAUUAUUUUAUAAAAUUUACAAUAUGUUUUUUAUAACAAUUUUUUGCUAAAACCUUUUUGUUAUACUUCUGCAGUAUUGUUUUCAUUUGUAAAAUGUUUACACAUUUGUUUACAUAAAAGCAUUGUUUUGCAUUAUUUCAAAUAUAAAAUUAAAAGACAUUCUUUUACAUGGUUA